UGUUUUCCAAGGAUCAGACAGCUUUUGGAGUCUUUUUUUUGGUGUCAGCCGGAUUUUUUAUUUUUUUGGAAAGGGAUUUUACAGGCGUCCUGUCAUCUUCGCUCAGAAGCAUGAAACAAACAGAGAUGAGCCGUUUGUCUCGUGAAGACGACAACAGCAGCACCAACAGCAACGACUACAACUAUCCAGACUGCCCGAGGAAGGUCCCGCUUAAUGGGCAAUUCCCGGACUUAGAUGCGGAAAGUGUGAACUUCCUCUCGGGCAAAAACUCUGGCAAGAAGAAGUAUGAGACGGAAUAUAUCCAAGGCAAUGCCUCCUUUGGCAUGUCCGUCUUCAACCUGGGCAACGCCAUCAUGGGGAGCGGCAUCUUGGGUCUGUCCUACGCCAUGGCCAACACUGGCAUUGCGCUAUUUGUCAUCCUCCUUGUGGCCGUCGCCAUCUUCUCGUUGUAUUCCGUGCAUUUGCUGCUCAAGACGGCCAAUGAAGGAGGUGCGCUGGUGUACGAGCAGCUGGGCUACAAAGCCUUCGGGAUGCCCGGCAAAUUGGCCGCUUCCUGCUCCAUCACCAUGCAGAACAUCGGAGCCAUGUCAAGCUACCUCUACAUCGUCAAGUACGAGCUGCCCAUUGUCAUUCAGGCUUUUACAGGAAGUAAUGGUGAAUGGUACACUAACGGAGACUACCUGGUGGUGCUUGUGUCACUCUUCAUUAUUUUGCCCCUUUCGCUGCUCAGGAACUUAGGUUACCUCGGAUACACCAGCGGCCUGUCGCUCCUGUGCAUGGUCUUCUUCCUCAUUGUGGUGAUCAUCAAGAAGUUCCAGAUCCCGUGCCCGCUUCCUGAUAUCAACGCUGUGAAUGAGACAUUGAGUAAACCCAACACCACUGUGUCUCCCAGCAACUACAGUGACGCCUGCACACCGAAAUACUUUGUCUUCAACUCUCAGACUGUCUACGCUGUUCCCAUCCUGACCUUCGCCUUUGUGUGCCACCCAGCUAUCCUGCCCAUGUACGAGGAGCUCAAAGACCGUUCCCAGAGAAGGAUGCAAGGAGUUGCCAACGUGUCCUUCUUGGCCAUGUUCGUCAUGUACCUCCUGGCGGCCCUAUUUGGAUACCUGACCUUCAAUGUGCACGUGGAGUCCGAGCUGCUGCACACCUACUCCAAGUUCUACAAAUCCGACGUGAUCUUGCUGAUAGUUCGCCUGGCUGUGCUCACCGCCGUCACGCUCACCGUACCCGUGGUACUCUUCCCUAUCCGAACCUCCAUCAACCAGUUCCUGUGCGCAUCCAAGUUCAGCUGGGUCCGCCACACUAUCAUAACUGUAGGAUUGUUGGCCGGUACCAAUGUCCUGGUCAUCUUCGUGCCCACCAUUAGGGACAUUUUCGGCUUCAUCGGUGCAUCUGCCGCAGCAAUGCUCAUCUUCAUCUUACCCUCGGCUUUCUACAUCAAACUGGUCAAGAAAGAGUCGAUGAAAUCCAUGCAAAAAAUCGGGGCCACCGCCUUCCUCCUGUGCGGUUUCGUGGUCAUGAUCGGCAGCAUGAGCCUCAUCAUCCUCGACUGGGUCCGUAACGCCAGCGCGGAGAACCACGACGGACACUAAGGGUUUGCCGGAUUGAAGUCAACAAACUAAUGAAGAUCAAAUUUUG